AUGGGUUUCACUCCAAUGUACGCUGAAAUCAACCAUCAACAUAAAGCCAAGAAAAAGACAAAAGAUGUUGAUCCAGCAGCGUCUCUCAGUGUGAAUCCUGACAGAGUUCAACACUUCAGUUCUCUCUCUGUCUCACUGAGCUGUGAAGGAAACUCUACUGAGUGGAAAGUGAAGAGGUUUACAGAUACUGGUCUGUCAGACAGCUCCAUGUGGGGAACACAGACUGGAUCCUCAUGUACCAUAAAGCCUUACUGGUCUGGUAGUGGAGUGUUCUGGUGUGAGUCUGGAUCAGGAGAGUUCAGCAAUGCAGUCAACAUCACUGUACAUGGUGGUAUCAUCCUGGAGAGCCCCGUCCAUCCUGUGACUGAGGGAGAUCCUGUGACUUUGAGCUGCAGACUGAGAGAACAAGAACUUCUUUCUGAUGUGUUUUUCUAUCACAACAACAAACUUCUCCUAAAUGAUGGAAGAGGGGAGCUGAAAAUGUCUGCAGUGUCAAAGUCAGAUGAAGGUUUCUACAGGUGUGAACAUUCAGGAAAGAAGUCACCACAGAGCUGGAUGUCAGUUAAAGGUGAGGAGGGUUAA